CAAAUGAUAGUCUCUAAAAUGAGCCCAUAUUUCGCAACAAAAGCCCAAUAAGUAAAAACUAAGCCCAACCCAUAAACAAACGAACACUUCAAUUUUCCUUCUUUCUUCUUCUUCUUCUUCCUCAACGCUUUCACUGCAAUCUUCAACAACAAACAAUGGAAGAAGAAUCACACCAUCAACACCAUCACCACGAACACCAAAACUCUCCUCAAUCACAAUCACCACCAACCACCGGAACCUGCUGCAAGUGCGGCGGUCCAACAACCUUCGCACCACCACCAGUAUCCCCAUCCUUCUCAGAAAUCUCUCCACCACCAACAUACCGUCCAAUCCGCGCUCCGGCGAUCCCACCGGACCCAAAUUCACAACGUGCAAUCAUGCUUGCACCAGUUCCACAAGCACAACAUGUUCCCAUAGCUUCACCACCUUUCCAUUUCCAAAUCCCAAUCAAACGUAUCCAAACUCCCGACGACAUUCGCCGAUUUCAUGACUCCGAUUCCGGUAAAAACUUCGUCGGAUUCAUCGUUGCACUCUCUGAAUCAUUCCGUUGUCGCAAAAUUUCUGAUCCUUGUCACCAAUCUGAAACAACUAACACUAUUGUUUCAAUCCUCGAAACCCUAACUCAAUGGAUCGAUGAAAUUCCACCUGCACAACAAGCUGCACGUUAUGGAAACAUCGCUUAUCGAACCUGGCAUGAACGCCUUGUAAAUUCUGGUGAAUCCCUCAUGUUUCGGUUCCUACCGGAGAAUCUAAGGGAUGCAACUGUCGAAAUUGUUCCUUAUUUCUCUGAUAGCUUUGGUAACUCGAGCCGAAUUGAUUAUGGAACAGGGCACGAGACAAAUUUCGCGGCUUGGUUGUAUUGUUUGGCGAGAUUAGGGGUGAUUGGAGAAGAGGAUUAUCAGGCUGUAGUUAGUAGAGUGUUUGUGAAGUAUCUUGAUUUGAUGAGAAAGUUGCAGUUGGUUUAUUGUUUGGAACCUGCUGGUUCACAUGGUGUUUGGGGGCUUGAUGAUUAUCAUUUUUUGCCGUUUAUAUUUGGGUCUUCGCAAUUGAUUGAUCAUAAGUAUAUGAAGCCGAAAUCGAUUCAUAAUAGGGAUAUAUUGGAUAAUUUCUCUAAUGAGUAUCUUUACCUUGGUUGCAUUUGUUUUGUUAUGAAGGUGAAGAAGGGUCAUUUUGCUGAACAUUCACCUAUGUUGGAUGAUAUUAGUGGUGUGCCUAAUUGGAAGAAGGUUAAUAGUGGUUUGCUUAAGAUGUAUAAAGCUGAAGUCUUGGAGAAGGUUCCCAUUAUGCAGCAUUUUCUUUUUGGAUCUCUUAUUAAGUGGGAAUAGUGCUUUGAGUCACUUUGCUGAGGCUAAGCCAUGAACCGGGUUGAUGCAAUGGAGUAUAUGAAGUUAUUAGAUGCAUCAUAUUAUAUUUGUAGAAGUUAUAUAAUCACUUUGUUGAAGUACUUGUUCUCAGUCGACUUACUUAUUCUAGAUAUACUCAUGUUCGUAAAAGUAAAACACAAUGGAUAGAGUUUCUUCUAAUUGCUAUAUGAUGACGAAAAUGUUUUGCUACAAGCCGGAGAAUGGUCCAUAAGCACGCAAGAUCUGGUUAAUGUAUUUGUUAUGUUUUUCUGGUUAAUGAUGUAUUUGAUUCUAGCUCUUGCAUUUUGAGCGGCUUAUUGAUAGUCCCUUUAUCUUGGUGGUGAGAUUUGCAAAUAAGUUUGAAAAUUCA